CGGCCGCCUGCACAGAGCAGCCAAUGAUGUGCGAGAAACUCGUCAAAGACGGUUUUGUCGGCAGGAAGUUUCCUGUUUGGAUUUUUGGCGUAAUGGCGGAGCACAUAGAGGGAGAAAGCAGUGCAGCUAGCGAUAGCAGAAUGGCCCUGCAGCAAGCUUUACGUUUUCCUAGCCCAGCGCCCCCUCCCAGCACAGUGAUGCGAGGUCCUCCACCGCUUCUACGACCUCCACCACCUCCUUUUGGCAUGAUGAGGGGGCCUCCACCACCACCCAGACCUCCUUUCGGACGUCCGCCUUUUGAUCCGAGUAUGUCAGCGAUUCCCCCACCUGGUGCCAUGCCUCCACCAAUCGCGCCGCCUCAUCUACAGAGGCCCCCCUUUCUGCCUCCACCCAUGGGGAACAUGCCCCCUCCUCCUGGCAUGAUCUUCCCUCCUGGAAUGCACCCGGUACCAGCAGCUGGGGGUGCUGGAGGCACAGCAACUGAGGAGAUCUGGGUGGAGAACACUACCCCGGAGGGAAAGGUCUACUACUACAAUGCUAGGACCCGUGAGUCCGCCUGGACCAAACCAGAGGGGGUGAAGGUUAUUCAGCAGUCAGAGCUUACGUCUAUAGUGACUGCCCAAGCAGGAGCAGGAGGAUCUACUUCCAGCAGCCCUGCCUCUACUACAGCCAAUAAUGCAACUACAGUGACUGCUGUGUCCACCCAGCAGGCUUCCCCCACCCACACCCUCACAGCCAGCCCUGAACGGACCACUAGCCCCACACCCACUGUCUCCCAGCCUGUGGCCACUCCUGCUGUAUCUGAGAUCCCCCCUGUAGCUUCCACCCCUCCUGCCAGUGUUGGUGUGACACCAGUUGCUGUGGUCAGUGUUCCAACAGUCACAGCUACAGUUACAGCAGGGCAGACGGUACCUUUACUUCCUCGAAGCCUCCCACCAGGUCUUCCCCAUGCUGUGGCCCAGCCUGCUGCUGCAAUCCCAGCAUUUCCCCCGGUCAUGGUGCCCCCAUUUAGAGUGCCUUUACCUGGCAUGCACAUCCCCCUACCAGGUAUGUUACCGAGCAUGGGCCCUCCUUUAGUACCCAUGAUGCACCCACAGCUGGCCAUCACAGCAGCUCCUGCUGCUUUGGCAGGUGCACACCCGCUCCUAGAAUGGUCUGAAUAUAAAACAGUGGAUGGCAAGACCUACUACUACAAUAACCGUACUCAGGAAUCCACCUGGGACCAACCUCCUGAACUAAAGGAGAAAGACAAGGAUGGAGAUGAAGCUAAAGAUGACCAGUCUGCUGAUGACUCUGAGGCUAUGGAUAUUGGUGAUGUAGAACUUAAAGCUGAAGCCUCCAUUCUGGCCAAAGAGGCACCAAAGGAGGAAGAAAUGACAGAAGAAGAAAAGGCAGCCCAAAAGGCUAAACCAGUCGCCACCAACCCUAUCCCUGGAACUCCCUGGUGUGUGGUGUGGACUGGUGAUGACCGUGUGUUCUUCUACAAUCCCACUACACGACACUCCAUGUGGGAUCGACCAGAUGAAUUGGUUGGUCGGGUGGAUGUGGAUAAAUACAUCCAAGAACCUCCACACAAGAAGACUUUGGAUGACUCAAAGAAAACGGCCCCAGGGAUCAACAAAGAGGACCCUGAAGCCAGCACAGAAGAAACACAAGAUGAACCUUCUAAGGCGAAGAAGAGGAAGAAAGAGGAGGUGAAAGAAAGUGAUGCGGAGAAAGAGGCGGCCGUGGAGGCCGAGCUGAAGGCAGCUCGGGAUCGGGCAGUUGUACCCCUGGAGGCCCGUCUCAAUCAGUUCAAGGACAUGCUGCUGGAGAGAGGGGUUUCAGCCUUUUCCACAUGGGACAAAGAGUUGCACAAGAUAGUGUUUGAUCCACGCUAUUUACUUCUCAAUCCCAAAGAGAGGAAGCAGGUGUUUGAUCAGUUUGUGAAGACUCGGGCUGAAGAGGAGAGAAAAGAGAAGAAAAACAAGCUCAUGCAAGCGAAAGAAGAUUUUAGAAAGAUGAUGGAGGAUGCCAGACUGAAUGUUAGAACUACAUUCAGCGAGUUUGCAUCUAAACAUGCAAGGGAUCCUCGUUUCAAGGCCAUUGAUAAGAUGAAGGACAGAGAGGCCAUGUUCACAGAGUUCAUGACUGCCUUUAGGAAGAAAGAGAAAGAAGACUCCAAAAACAAAGGAGAAAAGGUGAAGCAGGAUUUUUUUGACUUGCUGUCAGACCACCAUGUGGACAUUCAGCAGCGCUGGAGCAAAGUCAAGGACAAGCUGGAGACCGAUCAGCGCUACAAAGCUGUAGAGAGCUCUGCAGCUCGAGAGGAGCUCUACAGACAGUACGUGGAAAAGCAAGCGAAGAGUGUGGAUGCUGAGAAGGAGAAGGAACUGGAGCGCCAGGCCCGUAUCGAGGCAAGUCUGCGUGAGAGAGAGCGUGAAGUGCAAAAAGCCCGAUCUGAGCAAACCAAGGAAAUCGACAGAGAGAGAGAGCAGCACAAGCGUGAGGAAGCUAUCCAAAGCUUCAAAGCUCUGAUGUCUGAUAUGGUGAAGUCGACUGAUGUCUCCUGGUCCGAUACAAGGCGCAUUCUGCGCAAAGAUCAUCGCUGGGAAUCUGCUGCCCUGUUGGAGCGCCAUGAGAAGGAGAAGUUGUUUGAAGAGCAUGUGGAAGUACUCACUAAAAGAAAAAAAGAGCAGUUCAGGCAGCUAUUGGAUGAGACCACCAUGAUCACACUGACCACCACAUGGAAGGAGGUAAAGAAGGUCAUUAAAGACGAUCCUCGGUGCAUCAAGUUCUCCAGCAGUGAUCGAAAAAGACAGAGGGAAUUUGAAGACUACAUAAAGGACAAAUACAUCACAGCCAAAGCUGACUUCAGAACGCUUCUAAAAGAGACAAAGUUCAUUACAUAUAGAUCCCGAAGACUGAUCCAGGAGUCGGACCAACACUUGAAGGACAUUGAGAAAAUCCUACAGAAUGACAAACGUUAUCUGGUCCUUGAGUGUGUCCCCGAGGAGCGGCGAAAGCUCACCAUGUUCUAUAUAGAGGAUCUGGACCGUCGAGGACCCCCACCUCCCCCAACAGCAUCAGAGCCAACAAGACGCUCUACCAAGUGACGAAAGCCCGACCUCUGAGAACUGAACACAGAAUUUAUCCUGCACUGAGCACAGUGACUACCCAGAACAUGUGUGUGUUUAAUCAAACCAUGUACAUCUCCUGCUGCUGAGCUGUUGGCUAGCUCAAGUUAAAUGUUCACGUUAAUCUGUGAUCUUUGGCUGUGAAGCAGGGUCAAGCAAAUCAGUUUGUAGACGUAGCCAUGAUUGAUACAGCAGCCUCGUCUCUUCAUGACCCAGAAUAUGUAUUUUUAGUCAGAUACUGCUGAAACAGCAGGGACAGAAGUGUGUAAGCCAGUGCAGUGUUCAUUUUCAUUAAUUAUUUACCACUCUGUAAAUGGUGCAGAUGUUUCAUCUUUCUUAAAGUGGAUUGCUUAUGACAUGUUGCUGUUUCUGUAAGCAGUGACUGGAAAUAAAUGCAGCCUCAGGCUUUUUCAUUUUUUUUAAA